CCAGCAGUCUAUCAAAUAUAAAGGCACCAAAUUCGAAGUUUGCUUUCGGAGCUCAGCAUCGGUGCUACUCCACUAGAUUUCUGCAGAUGCAAUCCUCUGAAUCACUCUGAAGAUUCGUCAAGUUCAGCCCCAACAGAGACUCGACCGAGAUAUGCUUUAGCCGACACAUGAAUUUCGAUUUUUCUUUUCUUCUAUACAGAGCUAUGGAAUAAUAUCUACAUUAGUAUUCCCAUUCGCAGAAAUUGGCUUCACAACGUAGAUGCUGGCAUUCAAAGUGGCCAAGAUGUCCCUUCUUAUGAGUACUUAACAUGUCAAUAUCAUCGAGCUGAUUCCGGGUUUUCCAAGCAAUUGCUUUUGCAAGAUUUCACGUACACCCUGACUUUCAAGCCGAUGCUAGUCACUUUCAAUCAUAGCCCUUCUCACGAGGAUUAUGCAGAAGAAGCAGAUGGAUUCAAGCGCUAGCGUCAUUGGGUGGAGAUGGUCCAAAGGCUAGUGUUCGUCUUGCAGCAUUAGAUCAUACUUGGCAUCAGAUGCUCCGACUGCGAACAACAAUGGAUUCCUCGAAUUAAUUAUGCAGCACAAGCAAAAGUACAACAACAAUGGAUUCCUCGAAUUAAUAAUUAAACACUCGAAAAAAAAAAAACAGAGAGAGAGAGAGCUUUUCUUCAUUUGUUUAUUGUCCCGACCAGACAGGCACUUCUCUCCAACAGCAAAAGCAGCAGAGGAAACAAUUAACAAUGGCGGCUCCUCACAAUUUCUUGAUCCAACCAGAAGAAACGUUCCCUUUUCACGACACCCGAUUCGUAAAACCUCGAAGUGAUGGCCUCAUCGGUCGUUCUUUCUCUUCAUUUAAGACCGAUCCGCGGUUCUUCCAAGAAGAUGUCGGCGGCGGCGACGCCAUCCUCGGCCCCGCCGGCCGGCCUGAGGUUCACGAACCUGAUGGAGACGCUCACGGUGGACGUGCAGAGGGCGGAGAGCCGACCGCUGAACGUGCCCCUGAUCGCGCCGUUCACUAUCGCCACCUCGAGGCUCGACCGGGUGGAGAACGUGGCGGUCCGGGUCGAGCUGAGGAACGGGUGCGUCGGGUGGGGGGAGGCCCCGGUUCUUCCCUUCGUGACGGCGGAGGACCAGCACACGGCCAUGGCCAAGGCCAAGGAGGCCUGUGAGGUGCUGACGAGGAGGCCGGCGGUGGCCCUGGGAGUUGUGCUGGGUGAGAUCGCCGCAGUUCUUCCUGGCCACGAGUUCGCUUCUGUUAGGGCUGGAGUCGAGAUGGCUUUGAUCGAUGCAGUGGCCAACGGCAUCGGGGUGCCACUAUGGAGACUGUUCGGUGGAGCUUCGAAUUCAAUAACCACCGAUAUCACGAUUCCGAUUGUUUCACCAUCUGAAGCGGCGACAUUGGCGAGCAAGUAUCGGAAACAGGGCUUUAAAACUCUGAAGCUCAAAGUGGGAAAGAAUCUAAAUGCGGAUAUAGAAGUUCUUCAAGCAAUUCGCGCAGCUCACCCUGACUGUUCGUUUAUUUUGGAUGCUAAUGAGGGCUAUACGCACUCAGAAGCCAUCCAUGUUCUCGAUAAAUUGCACGAAAUGGGGGUCACUCCCAUUCUUUUUGAGCAGCCGGUUCAUCGAGAUGACUGGGAAGGUCUUGGUCAUGUGACUCGAGUUGCUCGGGACAAGUACAAAGUAUCCGUUGCUGCUGAUGAGAGCUGUCGAAGUGUCGCUGAUGCAGACAGAAUAGCCAGUGAAAAUCUCGCAGACGUCGUCAAUAUUAAGCUCGCAAAAUCUGGGGUGAUCGGGGCCCUUGAAAUUAUAGAGGUCGCAAGAAAAUCAGGUUUGGAUCUAAUGAUUGGUGGCAUGGUCGAGACAAGGCUCGCGAUGGGCUUUGCGGGUCAUCUAGCCGCUGGCUUCGGGUGUUUCAAGUUUGUCGACCUCGACACGCCCUUGCUGCUAUCUGAAGAUCCAGUCUUUGGGGGUUAUGAAGAUCUAGCAGUCUCAUUAUUCGGCUUCGGCUAUUAUCCAGUCUCAGGUUCUGUUUAUAACUUCACAAACGCCAGGGGCCACGGGGGUUUUCUCCAUUGGGAUAAUGUCGUUUGAACACGAAAUCAAGAACUUUUAGAAUCCCGACCAGUUUGAUCAGAGAUAACGGCAACGAGAAAUCCGAAAUGCUCCGUCAAAGAUGAUAAGUUCGUGGCCGCAAGACAAGUUAUUGUCGGUUAUCAAACAAUGGCAACCAAUCCUCCGUCUCAUCAGUCGAUUGUCCUUCAUUAGCUUUUUCGCUAUCGGUGUACUAUAAGUCUUGUAAACUUCAAAAUCGGUCUAUUGGUCUCUCAGCUAUAAUAGUAUUUUGUCCCUUGGAUUCUAUUU